AUGCUCGACAUUGACCAGUUUCUGGACGCAGAAUUCGACCCUGUGGCCUACGCCAACCAGCUGGUGCUGCAGACAUCGUCGUCACGUGAUGAGGACAUUGAUCUCGACAUCCCCAUCAAGAAAAUAUCCUACGACGUACAGCAUCUCGACGACCAGGUACGCACGUUAUGCAGAGACAAUCACAAGGAGCUGCUGUCACGUGUAGCUGAUGUAAGCACCAAGGAGGACACGCUCAAGGCUCUGGAAACGCCCAUGAAGGAUGUCAAUUCGUCAUACAAAAAGUUGCAGACAGAUGUUCUGGGUCCUUACUACCAAGCAGACAAUCUUUACUCGGCUCUCAAACGGGUUCACCAUACCACCGAUCUGCUCAGAUCGCUCACCUGGUACCUCUACCUGGCUGUACAACUCAACAACACAUCAGAUAUGGCUGGAUCAGCUUCUCUGAUUCGAGAUUUACACACCCAUUCGAAAAUCCAUCCCGGUCUAGCAUCUUUACAGAUCUUCAGAGACCAUCAGAAGUUACUGAAGGAGGCUGAUAAGAAACUGACACUGAGAUGCGUUUCUUCAAUCAAGAGUGUGUCUUCAGUGUCGACUUCGGCCGAAAGAACCGCCAUCUCUUCAGCUAUUGUCGGUCUAGCCAUCUUAGACGAACGUCAACUUGCGUCGGCCGUCCAAUCAGCGCUGUCCAACUACAUUUCACAGUCAAUUUCUCUUCUGGCGCGCUCAGUCAACUCAGACGAGUCGCUGGAACACGCCAUGCAUACAAUUAGUCAGCACUCUCGAGCAGUGUCGACAUUGGGCACUCUGCUGUCACGUGCCGUGGUACCUGCAGAAGGAGACGACAAGUCUGCUACACCUGUCUCUGAGCUGCCUCGAAUCGCGGAUCUGCUUGAUUCUAACCUCAACUCAAAAUUCUGGCGAGAUGUGGCUUCCGCUCUAAACCUGAGAAUCAAGGAGAGAAUCACCCGCGCCACUCCGGGACUCAAGAGUCUGCAACAGAACCAUGCGAGAUUGGAAACUGUGGUUGCAGAGGCUGUCAGUAGAGGUGGCGGAGGAUUGACGGUAGAUGGAAUGGAGGCUAAGGUGAUGAAGGGUGCGCUGGCGCCUCUAAAGUAG